AUGGUGCCGCGGGAGGCGGGUCCGUGCUUCGGCUCCCGGGGUUCCGGCGCCGCGCGUUUUGGUUCCGGAGUAGCUGUGGCCUCGCCGCCCCUUCCUCCUUCCUCCUCGUCCUCCUCCCGUUGCUGCCGCCUGGACGCCCAGCACGGUCCGGGGACGGGCCCGGCUGAUCGCGCGCGCUGCGCCGUCCAGCUUGGAGAGGGACCUUGGGUGGACUCGCCCCCCAGAUCCUGCAGCCUAGGGGUCCCCCCGUUUGGGCACACCAGCUCCCUUCUGACCUCUCCCUCCUGUCUGAGCGGCCAGGGCUGCCCCGCCGCAGGAUGUGAGCCCCUGGCCCCCCCCUGGAAUGCUGUGGCUGGCCAGCUGGCCCUGGGGCCCCUGCUUGCCAUGGAGAACCAGGUGCUGGUGAUUCGCAUCAAGAUCCCCAACAGUGGCGCGGUGGACUGGACCGUCCACUCCGGCCCGCAGCUGCUCUUCAGGGACGUGCUGGAUGUGAUAGGGCAGGUUCUGCCUGAAGCAACAACCACGGCAUUUGAAUAUGAAGAUGAAGAUGGUGAUCGAAUUACAGUGAGAAGUGAUGAAGAAAUGAAGGCAAUGCUGUCAUAUUAUUAUUCCACAGUAAUGGAGCAGCAAGUAAAUGGACAGUUAAUAGAGCCUCUGCAGAUAUUUCCAAGAGCCUGCAAGCCUCCUGGGGAACGGAACAUACAUGGCCUGAAGGUGAAUACCCGGGCUGGGCCCUCUCAACACAGCAGUCCUGCCAUCUUAGAUUCUCUUCCAGGCAAUAGCUUAAAGAAGUCUUCUGCUGAACUGAAAAAAAUAUUGGCCAAUGGCCAGAUGAAUGAACAAGACAUACGGUACCGGGACACACUUGGCCAUGGCAAUGGAGGCACAGUCUACAAAGCAUAUCAUGUCCCAAGUGGCAAGAUAUUAGCUGUCAAGGUCAUUUUACUAGAUAUUACACUGGAACUUCAGAAACAAAUUAUGUCCGAAUUGGAAAUUCUCUACAAGUGUGAUUCGUCAUAUAUAAUAGGGUUUUAUGGUGCAUUUUUUGUAGAAAACAGAAUUUCAAUAUGUACGGAAUUCAUGGAUGGGGGAUCUUUGGAUGUAUAUAGAAAAAUUCCAGAGCACGUCCUUGGAAGAAUUGCAGUAGCUGUUGUUAAAGGCCUUACCUAUUUGUGGAGUUUAAAGAUUUUACACAGAGACGUGAAACCAUCCAAUAUGCUAGUAAACACCAGAGGACAGAUCAAACUGUGUGAUUUCGGAGUUAGCACUCAGCUGGUGAAUUCUAUAGCCAAGACGUAUGUUGGAACAAAUGCUUAUAUGGCGCCUGAAAGAAUUUCAGGGGAGCAGUAUGGAAUCCAUUCUGAUGUCUGGAGCUUAGGGAUAUCUUUCAUGGAGCUUGCUCUUGGGAGGUUUCCAUAUCCUCAGAUUCAGAAAAACCAGGGAUCUUUAAUGCCUCUCCAGCUUCUGCAGUGCAUUGUUGAUGAGGAUUCGCCCGUCCUUCCGGUUGGCGAGUUCUCCGAGCCAUUUGUACAUUUCAUCACUCAGUGCAUGCGGAAGCAGCCAAAAGAAAGGCCCGCACCCGAGGAAUUGAUGGGUCACCCAUUCCUCGUGCAGUUUGAUGACGGCAAUGCCACAGUGGUGUCCAUGUGGGUGUGCCGGGUGCUGGAGGACAGACGAAGUCAGCAGGGCCCACCCUGAGCUGCCAUGUCUAAACUUGGCCAGGAGAACCCUCCCACUGCACCCCCUUUACAGCUGCUGCCUACUGCCACCCCUGCUCUGCCCCUAGCCCAAGCCACCUCUGGGCAGUUACUGCUGGGCACUGUGGUGGGCACUUCAGACUGACAGCGGGCCCCAACCCCUCCCCUUUCACACCCUCCUUUGCAUAGCAUCAAUAAUGGAAGCAUCCUCACUAAUGGAACACAAGGGUCUCUGCUGUGCCCACCUCCCAUAGGGCACACUGAGGGUUGCUGCUCCCCAGACCAGGCCCUAGUCAGCAUCUCUGGUGGUCCCUAUUCUGUUAUGGUCAGGUGACACAUGGAAAACUCAAUCUCGUGUUCCCAGCCAGCUUCCACCACUCACACCUGCUGGCCUGGAAUUGUCAAACCCAUCCGAUCGGCACCCUGACAGUGCUCCAGCCACUCAUGCUCCAGUCAGAGGAU